CUCUAUUAUGUCAUUAUUUUCAAACUCACAUUUGCUAACAUUAAAAAUGAGAUGGGAAAACUUUUUGGUAGAUAAGUUAAAAAGUAAUAAGUAUCAAUAUAAAUCCGAAGCAAAAUUGGAUAUACUAAAUGCAUUAAAAAUUUAUUCUGAACUUAAUCCAAUUGAAGAUGUUUUUAUUACUAAUGAUGGAAAGGCAACCCAGUUGCUAUAUUUAGGUGGUACUAUUCCUGUUCCAUAUAAGGGAAAUAACUACAACAUCCCUGUAAAGAUAUGGUUACUUCAGGGUCAUCCAUUUAUUGCUCCAUUUGUGUAUGUUAAUCCAACCAGUGCAAUGGUUAUUAAAUCUGGAAGACAUGUUGACCAAUCUGGUCGAGUUUACAUGCCUUUUUUAACUGAGUGGAAUUUCCCCAAAUCAACUCUAUUAUUGCUUAUUCAAAACAUGUGCACAAUAUUCAGCUUGGAAUGUCCAGUGUAUUCUAAAUCUGUUCAACCUGUUGGUUAUCCUCCGUAUUCAGAUUUUCCACAAACAACAGUUAAUCAAUUAGUUCAUCAAAGGAUGCCAACACCUAACACCUCUCAUUUUCAGCCUGCUUAUUUAAAUACACAAAAUUAUCUAAACACAAGUACUACAAACAUGACUAGUUAUGGUUAUAAUUCAACACAAUACCCAGUGCAAAAGACUAUCCAGCAACCAUUACUUGGUAAUUUUCAAGCAUCUUCUAAUAUUGCUCGACAGGGCAGCAUUUUAACCGAUGAAGCUAUUAAAGCAUCUUUACUUUCAUCUGUAGAAGAUAAGCUUAAAAGAAGAGUAAAAGAGGUUUUUAUGCUUGGAAAUAAUGAGUUGAAGGAUUUAGAGUCUACCAAAAAUAUAUUACAAAAUGGAAACAAAGAACUAAAAGAGUUUAUGGUAAAAAUGGAAAAUGAACAGAGAAUAUUGAAAGCUAAUAUAGAAUUACUGAAGAAUAAAAAUAACGAAAUUGAUGAAAAUAUAAACAAACUAGAAAAUGAUGUUAGCAACAUGAAUAUCGAUGAAGCUGUUGUCACUACGGCACCUUUAUAUAACCAAAUAUUGGAUUUAUUUGCUGAAGAAAUUGCUGUAGUGGAUGCAAUUUACUAUUUGAGUGAUGCUUUACACAAAGAUGUCAUUGAGUUAGAAACUUUUUUAAAGGCGGUGAGAACAUUAUCUCGGAAGCAGUUUAUACUACGAGCUACAUUACAAAAAGCACGAGUUGCUGCAUCUCUCUCUUUUGACGCUGUCGUUACUUAACUGUUCUAAUGACAAAAUCUUAUAUAACGAUAUUUUUACAUUUAA